AUGGAAGCCGGCGUAGGAGCUGGUGGGCAGGCUGACAGUGGAGUAGGAAGAAGGGGACUCACGAGACAGUCUUCAAGCACGGCAUUACUAAAUCUGUCAGGUAUGUCAGAGAGAGCAAAUAAUGCAAAUAGUACAGAUGCAAUGAACAGCUCGAGGGUAAAUGCGCUCAGGGCUACGGUUAACAGACACACCGAGGCUGUGUCUAGGCUGCUCUUGUCCAGCAAGGAAACGCUGGAGAAGAGAGGUAUAAUCGAGUCGGCUUUUCGUGCAUGUAGAGAUGCUUUUAUGGAAGUAUCUACGGUUUUGACGGGUUUGAUUGAGGAGAGAUCAGCACCUGCAAGCUGUACGGCGAAGGAUAUUAAGGAGGCUGUCGUGGAGGUGCUAGAGGACUUUGAUAAAAAAGUUGCAAAUAAUGUGAAGAGUAACGUCAGCUUUGCGGGAGCUGCAGCUGAGAAGAGCAAAUCAUAUGCGUCUGUUGUUGGGGCUUCAGGAACUGAAGUGCGUGUCUUGCGGGGUCCGACGGUGGAGGUGUCUGACACCACAAGCUUUCUGAUUGUGCCGAGUGAGAAUAAGAGGGAGAAAUACGUCUCAUCACAGGUCACUAAGGAUACCUUGUGCAGGGUCUUAAAACCGGCUGACUGUGGUUUAAAGGUCAGGAGGAUAUCGUAUGCACGAGAUAAUGGUGUCAGAAUUGAGGCAUUCUCACAUGACAUCAAAAAGAUCAGGGCUCACCCUGGCCUUGCGGAGGCUGGAUUGACAGUGCGUGAGGACAGGAAAUUGAAUCCAAGGCUUAUAGUACAUGGAGUUCCUACCGAUAUGUCGGCUAAAGAAAUUGAGAAUGAGCUCCUGGCCCAGAACCUGAGUGAUGUAGAUGCAAAGGACGUGAAGAUUGUUUACAUUUUUACGCCAAAACAAGACAAGCGCACUACCAGCUGCAUACUGGAGGUUACAUCGGCGGUACGAAAGAUCUUACUUGAAUGUGGACGGAUUUAUCUGCGCUACUCUGCCUGCUCAUUUGCGGAUCAUGUUCGAAUUGUGCAGUGUUAUAGAUGUCUCACGUUUGGCCAUAUUGCAAAAGAUUGCAAAGGUAAACCUUCUUGCGGACAUUGUGCAGGAGCACAUGAGAUGAAGGACUGCAAGAAUAGGGAUCAAACACCGAAGUGUCUGAACUGUGAGCGUAAUCAUAUAACUCAUGGUGACUUGGCCCACUCCGCCAUGGAUGCUGCAAAAUGUUUGGUACUGAGGAGAAGGAUUAAGGACAAGAUAGCCAAUACCAGCUAUGAAUGA